AUGGUAAUUACCGAGUUAUUAGAAAUAGUUAACCGAAUUAAACCAAUGCACGACAAGUAUGCUAUAGAUGAGCUGGUCAAAACUCACAACCGUACUAUUUUAAGACUCCCGCCAUAUCACUGUGAGUUGAAUCCGAUUGAACUGGCUUGGUCUUCAGUCAAAAAUCACGUGAAAAUGAACAACACCACCUACAAAUUAAGUGACGUAAAACAAUUGUUGAUGGAAGGCAUUGAAAAAGUUGACGACACCAUGUGGAAAAAUUUCAUUUCUCACACAACAUCAGUGGAAGACAAGUUUUAUGAGGUUGACUUCCUCAUUGACGAAGUGUUGAGCGCAGAAUUACAACCCACAGUACUGACCUUAGGGAAUACGUCUUCGGAUUCUGAAGAAUCAAAUUAG